AUGGAAGUCCCGUCACCACCACAGCCGUCAUCAAAGCCCAAACCGCGCCUUGAUAUCGUCGCCUCGGGCAGUCCAGAAAGCCAGCAGCAUGGCAAAACUCACAGCGCACUACUAGAUCGGUCUUCUUCCUCACUAGGAAUCAGGCCGUUUUUCAAGAGCCUUGAGUGGUCUGCAGACGGAACCACCGUCAUCGCCUCGUCCUCAGAUGACCGCAUCUGCAGCUAUGUCCUCCCACAAAGCCUUCUGGAGCCGCGGCAGGCUCCCUUUUCGCUCUCCCCACAGGGCGUCCUGACGCUUCCUGAGCCAUCAAGGGCCAUCGCUCCCUGCCCAUACUAUUCCUUGGGCUAUCCUUUGACCCAGACCGUCCUGGUUGCCUGCAAGGAUCACCCCAUACAGCUUCUCAGCGCUUUCCCGGAUGGGCUGCCGGAGGAAUCGCUCCGCCAAGAGGAUGCCGAUGACGAGGAGGAGGAAGAAGAACCCACAAACACGUUGCCCGCCUCCCCCUCCGCAUCUUCCGUCUCAAGCGCAUCAUCCUCUUCUUCCACAUCAUCACGCGCGCCGUCUCAGGCGCGCCGCCCGCAGCACCAACCCCCAUUAGCCUCCUACAGUCUCAUCAAGCGGGAGACCGAGGCCUUUUUAACGUCGUCCUCUAUUAUCUGGCAGGCCCCAGGCACCCACUUCGUCGCCGGCUCUAAUAACCUGAUUGCCUACUUCGACGCCUCUAGGACGGGUGAGGGCCCCGUCUCGCGCAUCCCCACCAUCCCGUCCACUCGCCACCUCCUAAAGGGCGGCGGCGUUGGUAUGAAGGGCACCGUGUCCGCCCUUGCCGCCCAGCCCGACACCAGCCUGGUCGCCGCCGGGACGUGGACGCGCUGGGUCGGGCUCUACGACCUCUCCCGCGCCGACUCGUGCGCCAUCUGGUCGCCCUGCGGCCGCUACCUGGUCCUCAACGAGCGACGCUCCACCAGCCUGGCCGUCUACGACGUCCGCGUCACCGGCCGCCUGCUGUCCCGGCUUGUUGACCGCGACGCCGACACGAACCAGUGCCUCGGUUGCGACGUCUUCGCCUCGCCGGCAGGUGAGGGGGCCGACGGCAGCAUUUUCGAGAUCUGGGCCGGCACUCGCGACGGCCGCGUCCUAGCCUGGGAUGCUGUUGGCGGCCAUGCUAGCGACGGCGGCGAGGAACGUUUGUCAUCCCAUACCUGGGAAUGGCAAGCGCACGGCACCGCGUCUGCUGUUGGGAGUACCGCCCUGCACCCCGGCGGCUCGGUCCUGGCCACCUGCGCGGGCUCAUGGGAAGUCGUAGUCGACGAAAGCGAUAGCGAGGAUUCGGACGCAGAUGGCGUAGCUGGCCGCCGCAUCAGAAGGCCAGCACUCAGGACAUCGGAUGACACCAGCCUCAGGAUAUGGAGCAUCGGCUCAGGGGGCGACACACCAGGUCAGGACUAAGACGACGCAGGCGCAGUCACUAACAGUCUUGGAUGGAUUUACACGCCGCAGCGCUUUGUCGAGCAAAAUAUGGUCCUGCUCUCGUCUAUUCAAGCCAAUUCACGCAUUUGCGUUGGCUCCGUUCAAGCAACUGACAGGAUAGAUCUGGCCCUUACUGUGAAUGACCUAGCCGGAAAAGAUUGCAAAAGUACCCCUGUAAAUGAAUCGCAAAUUGACCACGUCGGAGAUCGUCAAGAAAGAUGUCGUGUCCGC